GAGGCUUUGGGAAGUGACGUCGGUGAGAGGGCAGGCUUCUGGGUUGAGGCUUUGGGAAGUGACGUCAGAGAGAGGGCAGGGGGUGUAUAGAGAGUGCCAGAGCCUUCCAGAAAGCAGAGACAGGCUGCAGUGUGAGUCACCUCACAUACGUGUACAAUGGUUGACUAUAGCGUGUGGGAUCACAUCGAAGUCUCUGACGAUGAAGAUGACACCCAUCCCAACAUUGAUACCGCCAGCUUGUUCCGAUGGCGUCACCAGGCCCGUGUGGAGAGGAUGGAGCAGUUCGAGAAGGAGAAGGAAGACCUCCAGAAAGGGGCGAAGGAAUGCCAGAAGAAGUUUGUGGAAUGUCAGAAGAAAAUGAAGGACCUGGAGGUGGAAGAGUCGGCCAAGUCUGAGGCGCAGAGGCUGCAGAAGGAGAUGGAGCAGCUGAAGAAAGAAGAGAAGAAGUGGCAAAGGAAGGAGGAGGAUCUGAAGAAGAAGGAGAAGAACAUGCCGUGGAACGUGGACACUCUCUGCAAGGAGGGCUUUAGUAAGGUACCACAAAGCCACUUCCAGGGCCGGGGAGGACUCGGGCAUUGGGGCCUGGAAGAUCCUCCAGCAGAUUGUAGAUUUCUCAUGUCAUGUCUUCCCCCGACGCACAUGCUUACUGUCUAUGGAAAAAACGCUCUGAUGGAACAAGUGGCUCACCAGACCAUCGUCAUGCAGUUCAUUCUGGAGCUCGCCAAGAGCCUGAAGGUGGAUCCCCGAGCUUGCUUCCGACAAUUCUUCACCAAGAUUAAG